UCUUUUGGUCUCUGCCUCAUGCCUCUCCUACUUCAUCUAAAAGUCGCCCGUACGAUACACUGAUCAAGAACACAAAAAUGGAAGGCAUCGAUGCCUGCAUCCCAAACUGCCCUUAUUGCCAGUAUAGUCCAACACUUUAUUACUUCUCUUUCUCUUCUUCUCCUUCUCAAUGCCCUAAUUGCCAAAAUAAUUGGUUUACAUCCAACUACGGCAUCCCCAGCUCUUCUACUUACGCUUAUGAAUCGCCACCUCCACCUCCACCUCCACCUCCACCGCCUCCUCCACCUCCACCUCCACCGCCUCCUCCACCUCCUUCUCCACCUCCACAACAACAACAAUCAUUGAAACCUCCGCCACCACCACCAACACGACCACAGCAAGGACGGCGACCACCGCGACGACCGUCCAGAACAAGAAGCCAGAUAGAUGCAGGUCUUGCAGAGCAAUAUCGAAAAAGACAGGCUCAGGUGAUGCCCCGUCUAACUGAAGUUGACAUUCCCAUCGGGGAUAAUCCAGAUUGGAGAGAUCCAUCUCUUUAUCUCAUGGGAUUGCAGUUUAGCAUAGUGAUCGUCUGGACUGCUAUGAUCAUUCCCUCAACGCUUGCGGCGGUGAUGGGUGGUGGCAAUGUUGAGAAAGCUGAAGCAAUCCAAAGUUCGCUCUUUACAGCAGCGAUAAACACGUUCUCGCAGAUUUUGUUGGGUUCUCAACUUCCGGUGGUGAUGCAAAUAUCCGAAGCUUUCAUCAUCCCAGCAAUCUCCAUUGCUAUAUCAACUAAUAAUAAAUUUAGUGCGAGACUCACUCCUCGUCAGAUGUUUAAAAGAUCAAUGAGACGUAUACAAGGAGCAAGUAUUAUUGGGUCCUUCCUUCAAAUCAUCGUUGGUUUCUCUGGUCUAGGGGGGAUUUUCGCAAGCAAGCUUACCAUUCUCUCUUCUAUUCCUCUCGUGACUCUCACUGGACUUGGGCUUUAUGACCGUGGAUUCCCGCAGUUGGCAAAAUGUAUUGAAAUUGGACUCCCAGCAGUGGCUAUUGUGAUUUUCUCAACUCAGGCAAAUUAUAUUAUUUAG